UAAGCACUGUGGGGUCAUAGCACAAAGCACUUUGUCAAUUUGUCGGAAAAUGCACUCCACCGAAAAAGUUCACCUGUGCUCGCGACCUUCCUCUUGAACUUCACCCAACGGCCAACUCAACUCCGGUAACCUCUCCGUCCGACGCCCAACGCUCAACACCGACAACUUCACCCCUUGACAAUCAGCCAAUACCGCCAAAAUGGGUCGUGUCCGUACCAAGACGUAUGUCGCUGAACCUCUGUCUCUUUUGAUUUUUGAUGAGAAGAAAGCUGCUAACACCGGAAUUUAGAGUCAAGAAGUCCUCCAAGGUCAUCAUUGAGCGAUACUACCCCAAGCUCACUCUGGACUUCGAGACCAACAAGCGUGUCUGCGAUGAGAUCGCCAUCAUUGCUUCCAAGCGCCUCCGCAACAAGAUUGCCGGUUACACCACACACUUGAUGAAGCGUAUCCAGCGUGGACCUGUGCGCGGUAUCUCCUUCAAGCUUCAAGAGGAGGAGAGAGAGCGCAAGGAUCAAUACGUUCCCGAGAUCUCUGCUCUCGACUUUGCCCAGAACUCCGAGAGCGGCCAGCUCGACAUUGACACCGAGACCAAGGACCUGCUCAAGCACCUCGGCUUCGACUCUAUCCCCGUCAACGUCGUCCCCGUUACCCAGUCUCAGGGUACUGAGCGUGGCCCCCGCCGCUUCGGUGACCGCCCCGCCCGCUAA